GACCCGGGUGCGACCAUGAUCCUGUUCUCCUCGCGCAGCGUUGUACUCUCGGUCUACUACCCCCAGAUCUUCCUCAUCCUCACCAGCGGCAGUUACCUAGCUUUGUCAUCUGUGGUGGCUUUAGGAGCAAACAUAAUCUGCAACAAAAUCCCUGGCUUGGCCCCACGGCAACGAGCAAUCUGCCAGAGCCGUCCCGAUGCCAUCAUAGUGAUCGGAGAAGGGGCCCAGAUGGGAAUCAAUGAAUGCCAGUACCAGUUCCGAUAUGGCAGGUGGAACUGCUCAGCACUGGGCGAGAAAACAGUCUUCGGUCAAGAGCUUCGAGUAGGAAGCAGGGAAGCUGCUUUCACCUACGCCAUCACGGCUGCAGGGGUUGCACAUGCCGUCACGGCUGCCUGCAGCCAGGGGAACCUCAGCAACUGUGGCUGCGACAGAGAGAAACAAGGUUAUUACAACCAAGAGGAAGGGUGGAAGUGGGGAGGCUGCUCCGCUGAUACCAGAUACGGCAUCGAAUUCUCCAGGAGGUUUGUUGAUGCCAGAGAAAUCAAAAAGAAUGCUCGGAGGCUGAUGAACUUGCACAACAAUGAGGCUGGAAGAAAGGUGCUUGAAGAGAGAAUGAAACUGGAAUGCAAAUGCCAUGGGGUUUCUGGUUCCUGUACAACUAAGACCUGUUGGACUACGCUCCCCAAAUUCAGAGAGAUUGGAUAUAUUUUGAAAGAAAAAUACAAUGCCGCCGUGCAGGUGGAAGUGGUACGAGCCAGCAGGCUUAGGCAACCCACCUUUCUGAAGAUCAAGCAGAUCAGAAGUUACCAGAAACCAAUGGAAACAGAUUUGGUAUACAUAGAUAAGUCACCCAACUACUGCGAAGAAGACGCUUCCACCGGGAGCGUGGGGACACAGGGACGGCUCUGCAACCGUACCUCUCCCAGUGCCGAUGGGUGCGACAUGAUGUGUUGUGGAAGGGGCUACAACACCCACCAGUACACCAAAGUUUGGCAGUGUAACUGCAAAUUCCACUGGUGCUGCUUUGUGAAAUGCAACACAUGUAGCGAGCGGACAGAAGUGUUCACUUGUAAAUAACAGCAGAUGUUCCAACUUUAAAAAGGACACAGCCGCCACAUGUUAGAGUGGAACAGAACAACUACAGCAUCAUUUUGCACAUUUAAUUUUCUUUAAGGGGGGCGGGGGGGGUGACCGGUCUGUUCUCUGUUACUUAACAACACACACGAUGUGUAACUUGCUGGCUAGCUGCUUUGACUACAUUGGAAACAGGGACAAUGGGAUGGAUUGGGUGACUUUGUUCAACACAAGCAACUUUCUCUUUGGUUUUUGACCCAACUGCAGUCUGGGUAUUGUAGAGUUUUGCUCUUAGAUUAAGUUAUACAUAUCAGAGACGCUGACUCUAGGAGGUUAUUUUCAGAUUUAUAAUGCACAUACAAAUGUGCAAAUAAUACUUUUUUCUAUUAAAAAAAAAGGGAGAGAAAUUAAACUGUUCACAGAGAACCUUAAAUCACAUCAGUGUUGCUGAAAAACUUUUAUUUCUGAUAAAGGAAAGGAAAAAAAAACAGGUACAAAGGGCAGCUCGUGGGACAAAGAUGUAAAAUGGGGG